CGCAUUGAUUUGACUCAGAGUCUGAAAUGGAGCUAGCCUCCAUAGUGUUUAUAUUGCGCGCUGUGGCUUUGCUUUUGCUGCCACUUGCGUUCUUGCUAUUAAAAUUCAGGAAGGACCCGAAAAUAUUUGAACAUCUAACUAAGUUUAAAGGACCAGCCGCUUACCCUAUCAUUGGCUCUGCGCACAACCUAAUUGGGCUCUCUUCCAUUGAAAUUUUCGACAGAAUUUGUUACACUGAUAUCAAAAAGUUCGGCAGACUUUUUAGAGUUUGGGUGCUCAACUCGCCACAAGUGGUCAUUGGUUCGGCGAAAUAUGCAGAGAAGAUUUUGCAAGGCAUGGCGCACCACGCCAAAAGUCAAAAUUACAAAAUCCUGGACAGCUGGAUGGGAAAAGGUCUUCUAACAGCAAACGAUGGAAUGUGGAAGAUACACAGGAAAAUUCUAACACCAGCUUUCCAUUUUAACAUCCUGCACGAGUUUUUGCCAAUUUUCAACAAAUGUAGCAAAGAAUUGGUAGAAAAAUUAGAGGAACCGGCGCAGAGGGGACAAACGAUCGACAUUUUUGAUUAUGUGACACUCUGCGCACUUGAUAUAAUAUGUGAAAGUUCGAUGGGUGCAUCGAUAAACGCACAGCAACAGAAGGACUCUGCCUAUGUCAAAGCAAUUCGAGAGUUGAACGAUUUACUGGUUAAGCGCUAUUUCACGCCCCACCUUAGGGUUGACUGGAUUUACAAUCUCUCCUGGCACAAAUGGAAAACCGAAAGAACAAUAAAAAUUGCUAAUAAUUUCACGGACAAAAUUAUAGAAGACAGGCGGAGGUAUUUAAAAGAAGUGAAAGAGGAAAAGAACGAACAAAUUGACGAAUUUACUGAAAAGAGGCGACCACUAGCGUUUAUAGAUCUUCUCUUGGCUGCACAAGAUGAGGGCGAGCAGCACAUGAGUAACAAAGACAUCAGAGACCAAGUCAGCACCUUCAUGUUUGAGGGUCAUGACACGGUUACAACAGCCACCUGUUGGGCCCUCUUUAUCAUUGGCACAUACCCGGAAAUACAAGCAAAGGUCGUGGAAGAACUUCACCACGUUUUUGGAAACUCAGGAAGGGCACCAACAACGAGUGACCUAAACGAACUGAAAUACCUUGAGCGGUGUCUAAAAGAAACCCUGAGACUGUUUCCUAGUGUGCCAUUCUUCGGGCGUCACCUUCGGGAGGAUCAACCCUUUGAAGGGGGAGUGACUGCUCCUGGAGGAGUGACUGCUUCUUUUAAUGUGUUUGUAAUUCACCGGGACCCUGAGCAAUUCCCAAACCCUGAAAAGUUUGACCCCGACCGAUUUCUACCUGAAAACUCCAUAGGCCGUCAUCCAUACGCCUAUCUCCCGUUCAGCGCUGGGCCACGAAAUUGCAUCGGACAAAAGUUUGCAAUGAUGGAGGAAAAAAUUGUAGUGUCAACAGUGCUGCGUCACUUUGUUGUUGAGGCUGCUCACUCUAUAGAAGAGGCGCAAAUGAAGGUUGGGCUUGUACUGAAACCGGAAAACGGACUGAAAAUCAAACUUCGCAGGAGAUCAGGAGCAGACGAAGACUUGGCUAUUUCAUCAUGAAAUAUCUUGCUCAUUUUAUCUUUUUAUUAAAGCUUGGUAUCACCAA